AAAGACAGGAUGGUGCAUGCAAGACAGUCACAGGGCAGGCAGGAAUAUGUUGCACUCACUUAUGAUGAUUUGGGCGUUUGUCCUGCUAAGCUGUGUUACAGCAACCAAGGUGUGUCCCCGGCCUCAGGAAAUCCAAGGUGCUCUGUACAAGCCAGAGAAGUUGGUGUAUGAGCCAAGUAAUUUUGUGGUGUACUCUUGUUUACCGGGAUUUGUGAGACAGGGGGGAUAUAACAGGGCUGUAUGCUCCAGCGCUGGAAUUUGGAUCCACGCAUCCUUAUCAUGUGCACGGAGACAGUGCUCAUUAUCUGACACUCUGGAGAAUGGAGACAUAACGUACGAGAAUAACAAGUUCCAAAAUGUAGUUCGCUUCUCAUGCAAAGAAGGAUUUGUACUGAUUGGAGCAAACAGCAGCACAUGCAAUGAGUCUGGCAAAUGGAACGAGAGUUUGCCAACCUGCCAAUCCAUGACCUGCCCCCAACCCCCAGUACCUGCAUUUGGCCAGCUCUCCUACUAUAGGCCAGAUGAACGGAAUGUUUCUAAAUACCAGGAUAUGGUGAAGUAUGAAUGCCACUCUAAUUACGCCAUGUUUGGCAAUGACACUGCCACCUGCACUGCCAGCGGGAACUGGAGCCAGGCACCUGAAUGCCGUGAUGUGACAUGUGAUCGGCCACCCGAAAUACAAAAUGGUUUCAUGAGCGUCUUACUGCAUCAGAGAUAUCACUAUAAAGAGACUGUGACUUAUGGCUGUAAGCCAAACUAUGUGCUUGAUGGCCCCAGGGUCUCCUUCUGCAACUUGACUGGAGAGUGGACGAUAAGGCCAAAGUGCAGAGCUCCAUGCAAGGUGAAUAUAAAGAAGGCCACGGUGCUUUACAACGGAAGGAAGACCAAAGUGGAUGAUAUAGCGCAUGGGAUGAUCCAGCAUGGUGACACCCUGACCUAUUACUGCAAAGACUCCAAGGAGAAAUGCUCCCAUUUAACAGACAGCCAGUGCCAAGAUGGGGUAUUUGCUGUGCCCAGCUGUUACAAAGAACCCAAGUGGUUGUGGUCCAAAGAACCCUCUAACCUUCCUGUCUGCUCUGAGGCCUCUUAGGCUGCUUCCAGAAGAGGAACUUUCAAAUGAAUUUUAGUAAUUUCAUUGUUUUCAAAAUGUUAGAAAUGUAAAAUAAAUGUGAUCGACCGGAAA